ACCAAUUUUAUAAAAUUUAGCACGACUGACGAAACACAAGUGUCUGCUCCCAUGUCUGACGCUGACGCCACCCAACCGCUGCCGGUAGUGCCGCCGGCAAUCCAGCCUCAGUUGCAGACUGCCCAGAAUUUGGGGUACCAUUUACAAUCAAACGAGCAUGAAGCUACACUAUUGGUUCGUCAUCUUCCCGAAGCAAUUCCUCAGGAGACCCUUUCUCGACUCUUCUCCCACUACGGCGCCUCUUCUGUCCGGCCGUGUUCGCAUGGCAGGGUGAGGAAUUGUGCUUUUGUGGAUUUCAAGAAUGAAGCUUUGGCAUCUCAAGCACAGAAGCAGUUGAAUGGGUUGCGAUUUCUUGGCAAAGUCUUGUUAGUAGAGAGAGCAUGCAAAUCCAUGAAAGAUAAGAAAAGCCAAGAGGACGAGAACAAAAAGAGAAGUGAUUUGGAUUCUUUGAUAGAAGAUGCUGCUGUUGGCAAGCAUCAAAGAGAAGGAUUCAAAUUAGGGUCCUUGCUAACUAGUGAGCCAAUUGCUGAAAGGCUUGGUGUGGACUACCCAUUUCCUCCUUACCUUGAGUACGCAUAUCCCCCUCCUGAUGGGAAUAUCCUCACCAACAUUGUUAAUGCACUUAUUGCUGUUCCGCGGUUCUAUACACAGGUGUUGCACUUGAUGAAUAAAAUGAAUAUACCAGCUCCAUUUCGUGUGGCACUUCCAACACCACCCCUUCCAACUUUGGUGCUUGCUUCUCCAGUCCCUCCACCACCUCCGCCUGUUGCUACAAGAACUAACAUGGAAGAUGUAUCCAGUAGCGAAUCCGAAAUGGAGUCUUCAGAUGAGGAAGCUCCAGGAGAGGGCAGAGCUAAGGCAAAGCGUAUCAAGCGAGAAGCAAUUGUAGGUCCUGCAGUUGACGAGGACAUUGGGCAUGAGGCUGUUGGAUUGAAACGUUCUGCCUUACUUCCAAAAGAAAUCCCAAUAAUAAAAAAGAAGAACCCUGUGCUACAGAUUAAGAUAGCACCGAAACAGAUUCAGAAUGAACAGGUGGGUGAUGCAGCUCAGGAGGAAUCACUGAAGCCAGACAAAGAGGCCUUACAUCACGAACCUUAUGCGACGGUAGAAGAACUAAAGAGGGGAAAACUGCCCCCUGAGGAGAUUUUAUCUUUGCCUAUGUUCAAGAAUUAUAGAGCUGGGAAUCCUUCUUCUGUUUUGUACAUUAAGAACCUAGCGAAAGAUGUGGUAGCUGAUGACUUCUACUUUAUAUUUGGGUCAUUCUUUGGAAGCAUUGAUGUAGCAAAAUCCAGUCUUAAUGUGAAGUUGAUGCAGGAAGGAAGAAUGAGAGGACAGGCUUUUGUUACCUUCCCAUCAAUUGAACUUGCCCAUGGUGCUCUGAAUUUAGUCAAUGGGUACGCGCUUAAAGGCAAGCCAAUAAUCAUCCAGUUUGGUCGGAAUCCUGCUGCUUCUAUAUAAAACUGAAUAGAUUUUCUUAAACGCAAGGAAGAUCUGUCUCUGGAAGUCAAAAGUGUUGGCUUUAUUUCCUCAUGGAAACAGGUUUACAUGCGUGUAUAUCUCUAUUGGGGAAAUGAGUACUUUUACGUCUAAAACUCUGUUUUACCCACUUUGAAGGCAAUCUGCUGUCAGCAUUUGGUGUUAGUCCUUGGCCCUUACCAUGGAAGUUGUGGAAGUUACCUGUUGUGCGCUUUGAAUUUAAAAGCUAUCAUCGUGGAAUGUCACAAAAAAGUUCUGGGUUUAAUGUGGAUCAGGUGUUGGCUCACAAUGUUGCUGAUGAUGGAACAGAAGAUUGGGAUUGGAAAAUUUCCUCAAUGACAACAUCAUACCUCGACUGAAGGACCAUUUAUCAUUAACUCAAAAAUCAUUUACUGUGCCAGGCAUAGAUUGUUGAACAGAAAUCAAAUUUCAUGGAUCUUCAAUUCUUAGCCAGGAACCCAGAAAAGCCUGUAACUUACAAAAGCUAUGAGCUAUCAGCAAUUCAGCAUGAUCUAAUUAUCUGUGCA